GGGAUUUUUGGUAUUGUGUAUUGGAGAUGAUUUUGACAGUACGACAUUGCAAUACGCAAAAGUAAAAAAUAACUCUCGAGGAAUAAAAUGUUUGCAAAAACAACAUUUCUCAGUCGUUCGCUGACCUAUGGGUCAAUUUUUGCACGACAAAGUUUACGGACUGUCAACAAUGCCAAGCGUCUACACAACUGUAAAAAAUCUGACAUGCAAAAGCCUCUCCUUUUGCAGUCAUCCACUCGAUUCAACGAAGUGCAUAAACGCAAUAUGUUUAUACAAACUCAAGACACGCCAAAUCCGAACAGUUUGAAAUUUCUACCUGGAGUCGCUGUCCUCGAAUCAGGACAAACAAAGGAUUUUCCUACAGGAUCAGACGCAUAUUGCUCGCCAUUGGCAAAGAUGCUCUUCAGAAUUGAAGGAGUUAAAUCCAUAUUUUUCGGGUCUGAUUUUAUCACUGUAACCAAAGUUGACGAGGACGUCGAUUGGAAGCUUAUUAAGCCAGAAGUAUUUGCUACUAUAAUGGAUUUUUUUGCUAGUGGAUUGCCUGUUCUUUCUGAAGAACAGCCAUCGUCAGAUACAAAGAUUCAGGAUGAUGAUGACGAAACUGUUCAAAUGAUAAAAGAACUUCUUGACACAAGAAUUAGACCCACGGUUCAAGAAGAUGGAGGAGAUAUUGUGUACAUGGGUUUCGUAGAUGGGAUAGUAAAGCUAAAAAUGCAAGGCUCUUGUACCAGCUGCCCCAGUUCCGUGGUGACAUUGAAAAACGGUGUCCAAAAUAUGAUGCAGUUUUAUAUUCCCGAAGUUCAGGGUGUCGAACAAGUCGAAGAUGAAUCAGAUCGUGUAGCGAAGGAAGAAUUUGAGAAAUUAGAAACAAAGAUUCAGACAAACAAGACCAGUACCGAACACUAGAGAGAAAGCUCUUGGAACCAGUUCUAUUGAUUUUUAGAAUGAAUACAAUCUUGUAAUAUACUCAAUACCGAUUUUCACAUCUAAAUGUAACAGCUAUUUGUAAAUAGAAUCGUUUUUAUUCGUUG